GAAGAGUUUAGAUGUAACACAACAAGUACGGGGUGCGAUAAAGCUCAAACUUCACCGCGUUCUUCACCCCAGCAGCGCGAUCUUCAUUACAUGUGUAAAGAUGUCUGCCACCAGGUACCGUCGGUUCCUCAAGCUGUGUGAGGAAUGGCCCCGGGACGAGGCCAAGAAGGCCCGGGACCUGGGGACGUUCCUCCGGCAGAGAGUCGCCUCAGCCUUCCGGGAGGGCGAAAACACACAGCUUUCAGAUCCAGAGAAGUGCGACCACAUGUAUGAAAGUUUGGCCCGCAUUAAUGACAACUACUACAGACAACGAUUUCCUCGUGUAAGAGACACAAGCUUUACCGGAGUUACGGUGGAAGAGUGUAGAUUGCUAUUGUCAGGGAAUGUGCAACAGAUGGACGAGGAAAAAAAGGGUUUGUGGAAGACGUUAACGGAGAGAUUCUCCAAAUCACCAGAAGACGUUCCAGAGAAAGCUCCUGAAAAAUAACUUUUUUUUUUCUCUAUCACUCUUUUCUUUCUUUCCUUUCUUUUCCCAUUGCAUGUAUAGAAAUAAAGCUCAUCGUUGGUAUCUUUA